AUGACCUUCUUUCGUGGCGGACGACUGGGGAAGUUGAAGUCCUCGAAGCUGGAUCCUAUGGUAGCUGCGCUGACAGCAGGUGUGGUUACCUUGCAUUCCGUUUCCGAGUUCUCCUCGUUCUUUGGAUUCCUCGCCGAGUUUGUUGAGAAGUUGCGGCAGUUCGAUGCUGUCGACCCAUUGGACGUCUUCCAGCGCUGCUACACUGCGAUGGAGACCUUGGCAGAGCGUGACAGGACAGAGGACAGAAAGAGGAACGAGCUUUGGCCAGGUUGGCUGGAGGCCUGGUGCAAGUUUCUGGAGUUCUAUCGCGCUUGUGCAGCCUGCUUGCUCAGCAGCAGCCAGCCUUUGCCGCACCCCACCCACGGGAGCAGAGAGCUCGACCCGGGAGAGCAGGGGGCGGUGGAUGUUAGUGAGGGGACACCUGGUGCCGGAAAGGAGAGCUCCGGGCCUUACACGGAGAGUGCCGCGCGCUUCGAAGCGGUCAUUUUCUCCCCAACAAUCCUUCUGAAGGUUUUCGGCAAGACGGAGUACCUGCCCGCAGAUUCUGCCGAGAGCUCGCGUUCAUAUGUCUGGUUCAAGGUCAUUGACGUGACAAUCGUGGGCAAUGGCGCAAGCCUGGCAGCAUUACGCUGGAUUGGGGCCAAAACGCUGAACACCGCCGGCUUCGUUGCCAGCUGCCUGGCUUUCUGUGCUUUCGCUCUGGCGUAUGCAUCAUUCCAUGACAAGCACUUGCUGCAGUUCGCGCUCCUGUGCAUUGUUAAUUUCACGCUCUCUAUGAACAACAUCUCCACGUUCAUGCUUCCAGUGUUGGCCUUCCCUCGCAGCGUGCGGUCCACCUUCCAUGGCAUUUCGGCUGCAGCCGCCAAGCUUGGCGCCAUGGUGGGGACGGUCCUCUUUCCUGCGCUCGAAGGACGCGGCAUCCCUUUCGUGAUGUUCACUCAGGCUUUCGUGUGUGGCAUGGGGGCUUGCUGCAGUCACUGGUUCUUGGAAGUCGUGGAAGAAGACGUUGAUUGGGAGGAGCAGGUGGAGUUGCAGCUGGUUGAAGCUAUUGGUUUGCCAGAAUCGGCGCAGGACGGGCCGAAGGAACUCCUUGCGUUGAUCUUGGCUUUGCACCUGUCCAAGACAGUGCCUGUCUUUCUCGUGUUGCCUUGGCAGGCAGAGGACUCGCGUGCUUACUUGCAGCUUCCGGCGUCUUCGAAAAGAGUCAGAUGGCUCAAGAACCGCGUUGCAGAUACCUAUGCUUGGUCGCCGCAGUUGCUGUGGCCUGGAGCUUGGCAUGUGCUCGUCACACUAGCCCAAAACUGCUCGGCUGUUGGUGCGAUCCGGUCUUCAUCGCUUCACUGUUCCAAGGCUGGCAGGCAAGAUCAACUCAGCUGCUCCUUCUGCAGGCAUCAUCAGCCCAUGCUGAAGAGCAGCCAGAUGGCAGUGACGGAGAAGCUGAAGGCUGCUGGCGCAGAUGCAAACCUGCUCGAUGAGCCCGUCAGCCUCCUGCCACCCGAUCUGCCAGAAGGUGAAAAGGCCGCCGACAUGGUGCAAGACAUGACAAAGGAGGCUGUGAAAGCUUUGCUCGAAGGCGAUUUAGGUAAUGUGGCGAACAUUGCCGGGAAUAUCGUCGAAGAGGGCCUAGAGGCGGUUCAGGAUGAGGAGUUUCCCUGGGACAAGGUCGGCAUCGUCUUUUUCGGGUUCGCGCUCUUAGCAAACAGCCAGAGCCUCAGCAAGAACGGAGAAAAGGCGAAGCGUAUUUUGCAGCUUGUGUACCCGCUUCUGGAGGAAAUCUUAGAGGAUGAGGAAGAUGACUUCGACAGGCUGCCGAUGCCAAAGGGUGGAGCAGUUCGGCGACCGGUGGGUCAGAUCGAGGAAAUCGAUCUAAAGCUGCCUCCGAAGCCGAUGUCCGAGACCAUCGCCGAAAAAGUUGAGAAGUCGAAGAAGGUGGAGAAGAAGAAAGAGGACUUUAAGGAGCAGGACUGGAAGAAGUCAGCAUAG